GCCCUUUGUAACUUGUAAGCGACGAGCGCCGGGCGCCCAGCUUGAGAUCACCAUGUCGGAAACUCACUGUCAGUGUCAAUGAUGGCCUGGGAUUCGCCACCUUUGAAUCUUUGAAGCGCGCAUAGAGUACAGACGCUUUGGCCAAUGGCCUUUCGCUGGAUGAUCCGUGUUCAACCCAGGCUGGCAGCGCUGCAGCAAUUGCUGGAGAGCAGCUGGAUGUAGCCGCGGAAAGUUAUGGCGGCAGGACUUCCGAGCACACGAGACAACCGGGAUCCAGGGCGAGUCAGCAAGGACGAUUUGGUGGUCUGUUCUGCAGGCAGCUCUGAGGACAAUUCUGCGGGCCGGUCCGGCGGCUGCGUCGGCUGCACAGGGUUGGCUAGCUCAAACAUAUUGUCCGCAUCACAUUGGAAUGUUGCAGGAAGCAGCGAGCGAAGCACAAUUGCACGAGAUGGCGAUAGCGAGCUACAAUCAUGCAGUUCGAAUCCUGGCAGUCACAGCAGGAGGAUGCAACAGGUUGGAGAGCGGGUGUUUCUGGAGGAGCUUUUGGCACAAUUGGGGGCUACGUUCUCAAGUAUUAAACCCAGGAAGCACCUCCGCCACAUUGAUCUUGAAGAGCUGAGUGUCCUCAAGGAACGGUCCCCUUCUUCCCAAGAGCCUAUUAGCGAAAGAGAGUCAAAAGAUGAUGGGGUUGCUCAAAGCGUGCAGCCUCAUUCCGUUAGCAUACCGGACCUUAUCCUAGGAGCGGUGGUUGCGGUAGGGUCGGCGGGAAGGAUAUACUAUGGAACUUAUUGUGGUCAGGAGGUGGCUGUCAAGGUUUUCAAGCAAACAGCGGCUUGCAUCGGCCAUCCCACCUUUCAGCAGGAAGUUGGGUUUCUUUCUCGGUUGCAACACCCAAACAUUGUCAAGUUUCUAGGAGCCUACGACCAGCCUCCCCUCCAACUGCACGUCACAGAGUACCUCCCGGAAGGAUCGCUUAGGAACUACUUAGAGCGUCAAAAGGCCUUCGAGCCUCCGCCUUAUCUAGAGAGGCUUCGGAUGGCGCGAGACAUUGCCUGCGGGCUGGGGUACCUGCAUUCUUUAGGGAUCUUGCACCGGGACUGCAAGUCGGAGAAUAUGGUUAUUGGAGAGGACGGGACAGUGAAGCUGACCGACUUUGGGAUUGCGCGCAUGGAGGGGGAGCCCUCGGACAUGACCUCGGAGACGGGCACCUACAGAUACAUGGCGCCAGAGGUGAUUGGACACCGGCCCUACGACCGGUCAGCUGACGUGUACAGCUUCGGCCUGGUCCUCUGGGAGACGCUGACGGGGGAGCUCCCGUUUGCGGGGCUCAACGCUGUCCAAGCAGCGUUUGCAGUUGUGAACAAGCAUCGACGGCCAAUGAUCCCACCAGAUUGCCCGGCACCCGUCAAGAGCCUGAUUCAGGCAUGCUGGCACGCAAACCCGAGCAAACGGCCGGACUUCGCCUCCAUUUUGGCGACUUUGAACAGUGCAAUUGAGGAGCUCGAAACGCCGGGAUCCAGAGGUUGUCCAGACAGCAGUAAGGCUUGCGGCUGCUGGACUUUUCCGUUCAAGCGCAAGCCCCGAUAGGUGAGGCACGCCAGUGACUCAGUGUACAGGCGAGUAAACAGCUGUAGCGAUUUUGACCGUGGUGAGCAGCAAGUGGAUCUCCUAAGCCGUGGGAGAGAGGCUAAGUAGUGAGUGGUGCAUGGGCCUGCGAUUGCGAGCAGCCCACCAAGAAGACUGAGUGCAUAGUUUGCCGAUAUUUAUCGUUGUACCAUAUCUUGCACGGGAACCUAGUGGUAGGCCCCCAUGAGCUCGAGAUCGCUCCACACUGAGAGCUUCCGAUAAGGGCUUGGAAGACGUCCAUCUGUCUUGACUUGAGUUGAGCUUGAAACUGGGACUUGAGAGAAACUAGAACUUACGACGUCGUCGGCCCGAUCUCCGCGUUUGAGGCCCCAGAUCUGAGAGGAACAUGCAACCGUGGAACCGUGCGCAAGUCGAAGAUUUUGCAAGCGUCCGGCUGCGAGACUUGACGAACGCUUUCCCAAUAACUUAAAAGACUAACGCGUUGAACGUAGCAGUAGAGACUUCAUAAGGGCCACGGCCGCCGGAAAGUGAACUUACUGACUUGAUGUUAAUGCAUUGUCACUGCACCUGCAGCACCUCUAAGAUCCAAC